UGCGUAGGGCAGCGACCGUCAGUCGGCCUCGAUGACGGAAUGUGUGAAAUUUUUAAGAUGGUGAUGAACUCUGUUUUUCGUGUAAUAUCCAAAAAGACUCUUGCUGGUGCUUUAUAAUUUUGCAGAAACAUUCAAAAUGUGUCAAGUUUUGUAAUUACGCAUUCACGAUUAUUUUUCCGUUGGUGUAACGAACCGAAUGUGUCGAACGUGUUAGUGCAACCACUGACAUUGUUUCGCUAGAUUGUGGUGUCCAUCGAGAUUGUUAUGUUCAAGCUUGUAUUGUGUGCUUUGCUGACACCCUGGUAUAGAGAGUUCUGAUGAAUUCUAAGUCAUGGAGAGACAGGAACGACCCCACGCCAACAUGGAGCCUGCAGACUUCGCGGACACGAAACAGUCAAAGCAGCGAGCGUCGAUCAAAUGGCUGUUAUCGAAGGCCUUCAACAACAGAGUCCCCGAGAAUCUUGUGGAACCGUUCUACAGGGAUCAUGAGGAUCAGGAGCAUCUGAAGCCACCAAUCGUAGGGGGGCUCGCGAACGCGGAGCUGUACUGCCUCGCGCUCGCGAACAUGUACUCCGACCCGAACUACCACAGUCUGAACCACUGGAACAUCCUGCAGACCCUGGCCAGGAAGGGCGUGCACGUGCCCGACCCGCCCGACUGUGCGCUUACCGAGACCGUCCUCAUACAGACCAACCCGCUGCGAAUGAGCGCACACAUGGCGGUGGUGGAAGCUCUAAUGGUGCUAUACGCGCGGGAGGUGGUGACACCGGACCGCGUGUCGGCGGCGGCGCAGCGGUUCGGCACAUCCCAGCCGCCGCACGCCGGGCCCUCCGUGCCGCAUGAAGACGGCAUACUGUGCUGGAUAAACGCGGCUUGUGCAGCGCUUAACAAGGCCGAGGAGGACUCGUCCCAGCACGUGCCGAUGGUGAGCAGCCUGCAGGACCUGUGCGACGGUACGGCCCUGGCGGCACUCAUCUCGUUCUACUGCCCCGACGCGUUGCCGCGCGCCGCCGUGCGAGUGGGCCGCAUGGCCUCCAUCCAGGACUGCCUACACAACCUCAUGCUCGUGCACGACUUCUGCCAGCACUGCCUUCCGCACAACGUGUUCCACAUGCUGCCCGAGGACGUCACCUACAUGCGAGGGUCAAUGCGACAGAACCUUGUGGCGAUGCUAGCGGAUCUCUUCAACAUGCUAGAAGUUCAUCCAGUGAAGUCCGUCAAACACCCAGGCACCGCGUGCUCGCGCAGCAACGUGCACGGCGUGCGCCACACGCGCGGUCUGCCGCCGCCGCCGCCCACGCCGAUUCCGGACCUGCGAGCCGGCGAGCCCGCCUCUCCCACGCCGCACCACGCCAAGGCGUUCGCAGUGCCUCGGUCGCCGUCAGCCCGCGGCGUGGCGUACGGGCGGUCGGCGUGCUCGACGCCGGAGCGCCGCAGCUGCAGCCCGCAGCGCGAGGAGUUCGUGGUGCACCGCGGCCGCCAGGUCACCACUUUGGCCACUAUCGCGCGCCAGCACGACGACACAGCGUCCGUGACGUCAGAGCCGUCGGCAGCGGCGGCCGUAGCGGCGGGGCGGCCUUCGUGCCGCGAGAAUUCCGGUUCGUUCGCGGGCCGGCGCUCGCGUCGCGGCUCGGUGUCAGACGACUCGCAGCUCACCGUGGAAAACUUCGGCGGCUCGCAGGACCGCUUACACUUCGCUGGACGCAACCCCGAGAAGGAGUUAGCAACUGUUGCUAACGUGCGGAAGAUCUCCGCGCCAGCUGGCCCGCUAGACUACAACCCGCCUCUGCGCUCGUCGCGGCAAGACAUCCGCGGCUCCAUACAAUUCUUCCACGGGGAUUUCCAGAACGGGUCCCAAGAAGAAAAGCCCAAGAUGGAGCGGCAGCAGUCCCAGCCGCAAACAGACAGCGAACAGCCCUACUUUCCUAUCAGAAGACAGCUCAGUAGUGACACCAUAAGCUUGAACCAGCUAGGGUUCAGCUAUAAGGGCGGCGGCGAUGGUUUCUUCCUCAACGACCGAGACGCGACCGACGGCGACGGAACCAAAACGAGCUUCGCCGACCUCAAUAGGAUUAGGAGUAAUGGCGAUCAAGGCGUGCAAUCUCCUUUCGGCAAGGACGGCGGCGGCGGCGGCGGCGAGCGGCGGAAGACGUCGUUCUCCACGCCGCCGCCUAACACCACCACGUGGCAGCAGCAGUUCCUGCAGCAGGAGAAUCAGCCAAACGGCGACGAGCUAUCAGACGAUGGACAAGCAGGUGGCGGCGGCGCGAUGGCAGCCCAGCUCAACAACAUUCGCCUGAAGUUAGAAGAGAAGCGACGCCGCAUCGAGCACGAGAAACGCCGCAUGGAGCUCGACGUCAGCCGUCAGAGGCAGCAGUUAGGCCAGCAGGCCUUCCUGCAGGCCGUCACGAGGGGCAAGGGCGCGCGCUCGCCGCCGCACGACGCGCCGCAGCCGGAGCCCCGCGCCGCCCAGGAGGAUGCGCCGAAUCAAACCGUGGACACUGUCGCUUUGGAGCAGUACCAACAAUCUAUAGCCAAAAUGAACACCAGCUUGCAAGACAUCCAGAGCGACAUCGCGCGGCUGGCCAGCCAGCAGAGCCAGAUACAGCAGCAGCAGCACCAGGCCCAGCAGCUAUUUCAGCCGCCCGCGUCGCAGCCUCCGCCCUCGCCUUACCAGUACCAGCAUCAGCAUCAGCAGCAACAUCAGAAUCUGCAGCAUCAGAUGCAGCACCCGCACCAACUCCCGCCACAGCAACCAAACAUUCCACAAUUGCACAGCCAAUUCAGCUCACAGCACAACGUGUCGCGGCCCGCGCUCGCCGCCGGCUUCGGCUCCACGCCGCAUCUGCCGCGAGACUUGUACCAGGGCCCGUACUACGAGCCGCACUUGUACCAGUAUCGCGACAUGGAGCCCGAGCACGGCCGCUUCUACCUGCACGACGCCGCGCCGCAGCGCAAGACAUGGGCGCAGCACGCGCAGCAACAGCACCAGCAGCAGCAGCAGCAGCAGCAGCAAGAAGCGCAGGAGCGCGGCUGGCAGCUCCACCAACAAAAUCACCAGUACCAGCAGCCGGCGGCGGAGCCUCCGCAGCGGUCGUGGAAGUCCCCCUCCCCGCAGCCGCCCGAGCGGAACUGGACCCCGCAGGGCUUCGUGCUGCACGACCGCGCCAGCCAGCCCUUCCAGGUCCACUACAGCACCGACCGCUACCAGAACGGCACCGAGAACGCGCGGGAUCCCCAAAACCAUUUAAGCUACACUGUGAUAAACCCCAACCAGUACGUCUCCCAGUCGCCUCCGCUCGCGGCGAGUCCGCAGCGCCGGGCUAAGACGCCGCAGCGCCAGGGCUCGCUGCCCGAGCGUCGACCAGACGCCGUCAGCCUGCAGCAGUUGCAAGCACCAGCCCCGCCGCCUGACGAUAUGGAACCUCAGAAUAUUUCCUUCAUCGGCAACGCUGAAGACGACGCGCUGCGACAGGGCAUCAACCGCCUCAACAUUUCCUCGGGCACGCGCACCUAUCGCAUCCCGUCGCCCACGCGGCCCUCGCUCGGCCGGUCCUCCUUCCAGCAGCCCGACGACGACGCCAACGAGAAGGGCUUCUACAUCUCCUUCGACACCGACCAGCCGAAGCGGCCGAAGCCGCCGUUGCGCGCCAAGCGCAUGUCGCCCAAGAAGGAGAAGUCGGAGCUGAGUCCCGACCGGAGCCCUGAGAACACGUGGAACGAGCGAGUCGACCGGGUGGACCGUGUGGACCGGGUGGCUAGCCAGGAAGAAGAGUUUGUCGUGCACCGGGCGAAUGUGGAACCGUUGCGAGCCGCGCCCGAACGCAGGGACGCGCCCGAACCCGCCGCUCUAGUCAUUGGCGAGCUCAAUCCUGACCCGACGUCAGCAGAAGAAAUGGAGCGCAAAAAAGAGCGCAUUAUGCUGCUGUCUCUCCAGCGAAGGCAGCGCGCAGACGAGGCGCGGGCGCGGGCAGAAGCGGCGGCGGCGGCGCGGCGCGCGCGGGACGAGGCGGCCGCCGAGCUCAAGCUGUCCCGCAAGGAGGAGCAAGCACGCCGUCGCGAGCUCAUCCUCCGCCAGUACAAGCUCAAGAAGGCCAUCGAGGAGGCCGAGAGGGAGGGCAAAGUCUUAGACAAGACGGAGUUCCUCGAGGCCCUCAACAGCGGCGGGAAUCCCGGGACCGACCGGGACCGGGAUAGAGGGGGAGGGGGCAACACUAACACUCGAUUACGAACCAAAGCGGGCGCCGCUCGCGCCCGGCCUAAGACGAUACACGUUGACAGCGGCGCGCUGCAUCAGGCAGAAGGGCUGAGGGCUAAACAGCCUUCCAAUACCAACCUCACAGCCGGCGGCACCAUGCGGCGCGACUACUACCGCGGCUCGCAGGACUCGCUGGCCGAGCGCGCCGGGCUCUACCGCGUGACGCCAGCGGAGUCACCCGUAGAGGAGCGCGGGGGCGCGUCCCCCGGUAGCGCGUCAAGCGCCCCCCUCGGACGACGCGGCUCGUGCAAAACGUCCCGCGAGCGCGUCAAUGAGGAACCUCAGUCGUCCCGUGGAAGGUCUAAAUAUUCCACUUACCAGAGUAACUUUAAGGCGGGAAGGAAGUCUAGCUCUCUUAUGAACUUGUGCGACAGCGGGCUGGGCCGCGCGACGCCGCCGCGGCGCGCCGCGUCGCCGGGGCUCCGCGCGCUUGGCUCGCCGGCGUCGGGCCCGGGCUCGCUGCCCGGAGCCAUCGGCAAGCGACGCGCGCACCACGACGACUCCUCCGACGUGUCUUCGACGCACUCCUCCAUCAUGGACUACUCCGGGCCGCGGUUAUACAAGCAGCCCACGACGAAGUCGAAUCGCGGCAUCAUGCUGAACGCGGUGGAGUAUUGCGUGUUCCCGGGCGCGGUCAACGCGGAGGCCAAGCGGCGGGUGCUCGAAGAGAUCGCGCGCUCAGAGAGCAAGCACUUCUUGGUUCUGUUCCGGGACGCAGGAUGCCAGUUCCGCGCGCUGUACUCGUACUGUCCCGACACGGACCACGUGGCCAAGCUGUACGGGACGGGGCCCAAGAACGUCAACGAUAGGAUGUUCGAUAAGUUUUUCAAGUACAACUCGGGCAGCAAGUGCUUCUCGCAGGUGCACACGAAGCACCUGACGGUGACCAUCGACGCCUUCACGAUACACAACUCGCUGUGGCAGGGCAAGAAGGUGCAGCUGCCCAGCAAGAAGGACAUGGCGCUAGUCAUCUAGGCUCUAGUCGGUAGUAGCGCCGAGUCCCUAAGUUAGAGUCGGUUAGUGCAUUUCCUCGCGGAGCUGUGUUAAGUUAAUUUCGCUUGAGUGAGUGAUGUCGCCCGACCCGGUCGGCGCCUGUGUCAUAUUGUACAGUUAGGACGAUAGGAGGUCGUGAGCUCGAAUCGAGUUAGGUUUAUUUGCAUUAGCUUCGAUCGGUUCGCAUUACAUUUUUGAAAGUUUAUCAUGUUGAAUUUGUGGCCGCUGUGUUGUGUUAUUUAUUUCCUGUGUCUAGCUCUGCGGCGGUUCCCACCUGCGAACUUGACGGCACUGAGCGCUCGGAUGUUGACACUUUAGAGAAAACAAAUGAAUUCAAUGUUAAAGUUUAAAUAAAUGAUAGUAAUGCAAUUUAUGUUAAAAUGUAUAAGACUGAAACUUAAUUUUCAUUAAAUAAAUCCAAUAUUUCCAAGAAUAAGCUGAUUAGUUUGUUUGACGUUUCGUUUGGCGCGCGGGUGGGGCCGCGGCGUCGUCGCUUGGCGUGUAUGUUGAUGCUGCGUUAGUCCGGCAUUCGAAUGUGUUACUCAGUGUAUAAACGCAAUGUUUGCCAUAUGUAUUAGUGAGAUGGUCGAUACGUUCCAAAUUGAUUAAAUUGUCUCAAAUGUACCAGCCGAACUGUCGGAUCUCUGGUCGUAUUAGAUACCUUUAAACUUUAAGUAAACUGUCCUCACGUCAAAUCAAAUAACAUGUUCACAAACUAAUAUCGCUUAUUUGUUAUAAAUAUUAACUCGUUAGUGAUUAUUUCAAUUGACUGGAGUAAGAUUAAGGUGAUUACGUAUUCGUUUAACUGACCCUCAUUUAACGUUAUUUCUAUUUCCAUUUUUUUACUGCUUGUAUAGCUAAAAUAAGACGAGGCACAUUUUACGUGGUAAUUGUACUGCCUUAUCCUGUAAAUAAUUGUUUUUGUAUACAGCUAUUUAUUAAA